CUGGCCAGUCCCAGAGCGUUCGCGGCCACAAGCGAAGGAAGGAACGAUCGAGGCAUGACGUCCAAGCAAGGCGGAGAUGGAGACAAGAUCUCGUUGACUUCUGCGGGGAAACACUUUGAUUCCGAUAUCUACGACGCUGCCAGCGAUGACAAGUACGCUGGGUACUCGCGUACGCUGGACGAUGAGGAUACGGCGAAUGGGGGAGACGGACCGUCCGGAAGAUCCAACAAAGGUCGCGCGUCGGACGGCCUCAUUGACGACAACUACGACCCGUUUGCAGAUAAAGCCUACCGUGAAGCGAACGGCACAGGCUUGGUGAACAGUGUCAUCUCCGAGCGAGAAAGCGACUAUCAGAGGCGCCGUUUGCAUCAGACGUUGUCCCCGACACGUCAGGAUGCGUUUCAACGGGCUUCCGGUGACGACGACAAUGCGUCGAGCUUUCGUAAGAUCAUGCACAAUCAAAAGCUCGAUGCCGAGCGCGAGGAAGUGAUUCGAAAGAUUCGCAAACAAAAAGAGGAACAGGCGGCAGAGAUUGCCGCCGCCACAGCCCCCACGAAGAAGAAGAAACGACGAUGGGACGAUGCAGGGAGCAAUGCGUCCGAAGGCGGAGCUACGACAGAAGAGGAGUCCUCUGAAUGGGAUCAAGACAAUGCGGACAAGAAAGCAUCGUCGACAUCGCAGUGGGAUGCCACCCCAGUUGCAUCAGACAUGCCCACCCCGAAGAAGAACCGGUGGGAUGAAACCCCAGCUCCAGCCGGGGCUGAAAAGAAAUGGGAUGCCACGCCACAAGGCAUUUCGUCGACCUCUUCGUUCGACGCGACCCCGACGCCCGGCCGAAAGCGUUCCCGCUGGGACGAGACGCCGCUCAUGGAGGACCGGACUCCCGGUGGGUCGGUGCUCAUGACGCCAGGCGGAAGUGCAUUGGCGGCUCAGGUGAUGCCCGAAGUCGUCCAGCGGCUACGAUGGGAGCGCGAGAUUGAGGAGCGGAACCGCCCUCUCAGCGAUGAGGAGCUCGACUCGAUGUUUCCCACGAACGGGUACAAGAUCUUGGACCCUCCAGCGUCCUACAUGCCGAUCCGCACGCCUUCCAGAAAGCUCAUGGCGACUCCGACCCCUAUGGGCCAAACUCCCGGGUUCCAAAUGGCCCAGACGCCUUCCAUCGCGGACUACGGCCUUCCUCCCGGCGGGGAAACGCCGGCGGGUGGGGACAUGCCAUACAUCAAGCCAGAAGACUACCAAUACUUUGGGAAACUCAUGGAAGAAGUCGACGACGAGUCUCUUGACCCUGAAACAGUCAAGGAACGAAAGAUUAUGCGCAUGCUGCUCAAGAUCAAAAAUGGCACGCCCCCCCAACGCAAACAGUCGCUGCGUCAGUUGACGGAAAAAGCGCGCGAGUUGGGCGCGGGCCCGCUGUUCAACCAGAUUCUCCCGCUGCUCAUGGCGCCGACGCUGGAAGACCAAGAGCGCCACUUGCUCGUCAAGGUGAUUGACCGCAUUCUGUACAAACUGGACGACCUGGUGCGGCCGUUCGUGCAUAAGAUCCUUGUCGUGAUCGAACCGCUCUUGAUCGACGAAGACUACUAUGCCCGCGUCGAAGGCCGUGAGAUCAUUUCGAAUUUGAGCAAGGCCGCGGGUCUCGCUACGAUGAUCUCAACGAUGCGACCAGAUAUUGAUAAUUCGGACGAGUAUGUGCGCAACACGACAGCCCGUGCGUUUGCCGUCGUGGCGUCGGCGCUCGGGAUUCCGGCUCUCCUCCCAUUUCUGAAAGCCGUGUGUACAUCCCGUAAGUCGUGGGAAGCGCGACACACGGGCAUCAAGAUCGUCCAGCAAGUCGCAAUUCUUAUGGGUUGUGCAGUCUUGCCGCACCUGAAACACCUCGUCGAAUGCGUCGGCCACGGCCUCGUGGACGAGCAGCAAAAAGUGCGCACGAUCACGGCGCUGUCGCUCGCGUCACUCGCGGAAGCCGCGCACCCGUACGGUAUUGAGUCGUUCGACUCGGUCAUUCGCCCGUUGUGGAAAGGGAUCCGCCAGCACCGCGGCAAAGGUCUCGCUGCGUUCCUGAAAGCGAUUGGGUUUAUCAUUCCGCUGAUGGAUGGCAACUGCGCCAAUUACUACACGCGCGAGGCCAUGGUGAUUCUCAUUCGCGAGUUCCAAAGUCCAGACGAAGAAAUGAAGAAGAUCGUGCUUAAAGUCGUCAAGCAGUGCGCGAGCACGGACGGCGUGACGCCGUCGUACGUGCAGUCGCACAUUUUGCCCGACUUUUUCCGCCACUUUUGGGUCCGGCGGAUGGCGCUGGACCGACGCAACUACAAACAGUUGGUCGAAACCACCGUGGAGCUUGCCAACAGUGUUGGCGCCGCUGAAAUCAUCGGGCGCGUCGCCGACGAUCUCAAGGACGAGUCCGAGCCGUACCGGCGAAUGGUGAUGGAAGCGAUCGAUAAUAUUGUGCAGAACCUUGGCGUCACCGAUAUCAACACGGAGCUCGAAGAGAAGUUGAUUGACGGGAUGUUGUACGCGUUCCAGGAACAAACAUCGGACGACACGACCGCGCUCCUGAACGGGUUUGGUGUGGUCGUGAAUGCGCUGGGUCUUCGCGCCAACAACUAUUUGCCCCAGAUCUGCGGGACGAUCAAGUGGCGCCUCAACAACAAGCCUGCGAAAGUGCGCAUGCAGGCUGCCGACCUCAUCGGUCGCAUCGCUGUCGUGAUGAAGACGUGCGACCAGGAACAGCUCAUGGGCCACAUGGGCGUUGUGUUGUACGAAUACCUCGGCGAAGAGUACCCCGAAGUGCUCGGUAGCAUCCUCGGCGCGCUCAAGGCAAUUGUGAACGUGAUUGGGAUGACCAAAAUGACGCCCCCGAUCAAGGAUUUGCUGCCGCGGUUGACGCCGAUUUUGAAGAACCGACAUGAAAAGGUGCAAGAAAACUGCAUCGACCUCGUCGGGCGCAUUGCCGAUCGCGGUGCGGAGCUCGUGAGUGCCCGCGAGUGGAUGCGCAUCUGUUUUGAGCUCCUCGAAAUGCUGAAAGCCCACAAGAAGGGCAUCCGACGUGCGGCCGUCAACACGUUUGGAUACAUUGCCAAGGCGAUUGGCCCCCAAGACGUUCUGCACACACUUCUCAACAACCUCAAAGUCCAAGAACGACAGAACCGCGUGUGCACCACUGUCGCCAUCGCCAUUGUCGCCGAAACGUGCUCACCGUACACGGUGAUUCCGGCACUCAUGAACGAGUACCGCGUCCCCGAAAUGAACGUGCAAAACGGAGUCCUCAAGGCGUUUUCGUUCAUGUUUGAGUACAUUGGCGAAAUGGGCAAAGACUACAUUUAUGCAGUGACCCCGCUGCUCCAAGAUGCGCUCAUGGAUCGUGACUUGGUCCAUCGGCAGACAGCCGCCACCACCGUCAAGCACUUGGCCCUCGGUGUCGCUGGCCUCGGCUGCGAAGACGCUGUCAUUCACCUGUUGAACUUUGUUUGGCCCAACAUCUUUGAGACGUCCCCGCACGUGAUCGGCGCCGUCUUCGACGCGAUCGAAGGGUGCCGCGUCGCCCUCGGCGCUCAUGUCAUCCUGCAGUUCUGCCUCCAAGGGCUAUUCCAUCCUGCCCGCCGUGUUCGCGAAGUGUACUGGAAAAUUUACAACUCGCUUUACAUGUACAGCCAAGACGCGUUGACGCCAGCGUAUCCUGUGAUUGAGGAUGACCCGAUGCACUCGUACGGCCGAACAUACUUGGAUCUAACCAUUUAAAAAAAAAACUAAAUAUGCUGCCACCAGCGAUCUAGCCCA